AUGACUGUGACCUAUACCUCUCGUGUGAACACAUCGAGUGUGGUUAGUAACUUUUUGGGUCUGCUGGUCAGAUGGCGCGGCAGUGUUUACAAAUUACUAUGGUUAGACCUUAUUGCGUUCUUUGGAUUGUACGUCUUACUGGCUAUUAUAUAUCGCUUGUUGAUCAACGAAGAGGGGAAAAGAUUUUUUGAGGCCAUCAUGCAGUAUUGUGAGGUGAAUGGUUCCCUCAUUCCAUUAUCCUUUGUCCUGGGCUUCUUUGUGAGAAUCGUGAUGAAGCGAUGGUGGGAGCAAUACACCACCAUUCCCUGGCCAGAUGCGAUUGCCAUUUUAAUCAGUGCCAGUAUCCACGGCAGCGAUGACAGAGCCAGGGUCAUGAGGCGCACUAUCCUGCGAUAUGUCUGCCUGUGUCAGGUUAUAGUUUUCACCAUGAUUUCGCCUCGCGUUAAGCGUCGUUUUCCUACGUAUAAUCAAUUAAUUGAAGCUGGUUUUUUGCUGGAAAAUGAAAAGAAGAUCAUUGAGGCCUUGGAUCAAGCCUUUCCGAGUUAUCCAAAGCACUGGAUGCCCAUCGUUUGGGCAGCCAGCAUUGUGAUGAGAGCUCGGAGGGAGAAUAAAAUCCGAGAUGAUUAUGCCGUAAAGACGAUCAUUGAUGAGUUGAACGAUUUUCGCGGUAACUGUCAAGUUUUGCUCUACUACGAUUGGGUUUCUGUUCCAUUGGUCUACACCCAAGUGGUCACUGUGGCCACCUAUACCUUCUUUUUGUUCAGCAUGCUUGGACAACAGUGGAAGGAAACACAAAUUGAUCCGGAUGGAUACAGUAUAAAGAGAUGGUUCCCCAUUCUGACCUUACUUCAGUUUUUCUUUUACAUGGGUUGGCUAAAAGUAGCCGAGACCUUGAUCAAUCCUUUCGGAGAGGAUGAUGACGACUUUGAGCUUAACUGGAUUAUCGAUCGCAACAUCACUGUGGCCUAUUGCAUUGUAGACGAAAUGCAUCAGGAGCACCCGGAACUUGUUAGGGAUCAGUACUGGGAUGAGGUCUUCCCGAGUGAAAUUCAUUACACUGUCUCAAAAAUGCGACAAAAUCCACCGGCAGCUUCUACUGCCUAUAUGGAAACGCAGUCUUUAAUUCAGAAACGUUUGGAUUCGGAAAUGUCGAUUAGCAGCUUCCGCACGGGACCGAACUUUUUGGGAAGACCAUCUGCCACUGGCAGCUACUCAGACUCUUUCGUUGUGGAAGAUGGACCUUCCCGACGGACUUUCAGUGAAAAUAAGUUAGUUUUGGGACAGGAUAACCCGCAAGGCUCUAAUAAGUCGUCGCUGUUGACAAUUAAUUUCGAUGAGUUAAUCGAGCAGCGUCGUCGUGAACGCAGGGAACGCUUGCGCCAUCGCAUCUUGGACAUGACCCAGAUCCGCCACGAUACCUCCGGUGCCCCCUACAGUGUCACUGUUCUGCGUCCACCGUCCGAUGAAACUAUAUCUGAAGGCCAAGAAACAGUGGAAGAAAAGCAGCAGGAACCUUCGGGCAAUGGAAAUCCAUCAAAUAAAUCAGAAAAGGAGGAUUAGAGU